AUGGGGAUGAAGAAGAAGAUGAGUGUUGUGGUGAAGAUUGUAGGGCUCCUCUGCCUUUCCUCCGUGCUCUUCUGCAAUGCCUGCCGAGCAACCAUUCGCCUCAACGAUGGUGGCCAUGGGGAGAAAAGCAACAGCACCGGAAAGCACUUCGUACUGGUGCAUGGAGCUGCCCACGGAGCCUGGAUUUGGUUCAAGCUCCGACCCAUGCUGGAGGCCGCCGGCCACAAGGUAACCACCAUGGACAUGUCGGCCUCCGGAGUCGACAUCCAGCCCAUCGAGGCCAUUUGCUCUGCCGAUCAGUAUACACAACCGUUGCUGAGCUUCUUUGAGGCCCUCCCCGAAGACGAGAAGGUGGUACUCGUCGGGGACAACAUGGGCGGCAUCAACGCCGCUAUCGCCAUGGACGCCUAUCCGAACAAGAUCGCCGUCACCGUCUUCCUCAAUGCCUUAAUGCCUGACACCACCCACGCACCUUCUUACGUCAUCGAAAAGUAUUCCGAGAUCUACGACGAUUGGGAAGACUCUGUCUCCUCCUGGUAUCUCUGCGGCGAGAAAAACAUAUCCACCGUCAAGUUGGGCCCUCUGUUCAUCGACACUGUUGAAUUCUGCAGGUAUGGAGCCGCAGACAGCCGCAACAACCAACCACCAUCUUUGACACUGGAGAUGGAUGGCCACCUGCUCUGCAGGCUUUGUUGA